AUGGAGCAGAGUGGCUGGGUCCUGCUGCUUGUGGGCUUGCACGUGGUCUGUGUCGCCCGUGCCCAAUGCCCAGAGCAGUGCAAGUGCAUCCGCACAGCCCAGGUGGAGUGCUCCGGAGCCAGCAUCACGGCCGUGCCCAGCCCCAUCCCUGCAAACACCAUGACCCUGCAGAUCAUCAACACGCGCAUCACGGAGCUGGGUGCCGCGUCCUUCGGCAAUGCCUCCAUGCUGAUUGGGUUGCGCAUCGAGAAGAACGACCUGUCACGUAUCAGCCCCAGAGCCUUCCAGUACCUGCCCUCCCUGCGCUACCUCAGCCUGGCCAGCAACAAGCUGCAGGAGCUGCCCGUGGAAGUGUUCGAGCCCUUGGGCCAGCUGGAGUCACUGCUCCUGUCCAGCAACCAGAUCCUCCACGUUGAGCCCUCCCACUUCGCCCAGCUGAGCAACCUCAAAGAGCUGCAGCUGCACGGCAACAACCUGCACGAGCUGACGGAGGGGAUGUUCGACCCGCUCACCAGCCUCACCAAGCUGAACCUGGCCAGGAACAACAUCGAACGCCUGCCGCCCCAGGCCUUUGAGCGGCUGACACGGCUCCAGGUGCUGCGGCUCUAUGAGAACCGGCUCCGGCAGAUCCCUGCGGGCAUGUUUGAUGGGCUGCCCGAGCUGGAGGAGCUGGGGCUGCACCAAAACCAGUUGGAGACGCUGUCGCCAGAGCUCUUUACGCACAAUGAGCGCCUCCAGAAGCUCUAUCUCUCCAACAACCUCAUCACCGCCCUGCCCAGUGGUGUCUUCCUGCCCUUGCGUGCCCUCUCCAAGAUCACCCUGCACGUCAACCGGCUGCGGGAGAUCGCCCCUGGUGCCUUCGGACCCAUGCCCAACCUCAAGGAGCUGUGGCUCUACGACAACGAGCUCACUGGCCUCCCUGAGGGCAUCUUCAGCAACCUCACCGAGCUGCAGCUCUUGGUGCUGAGCAAGAACCAGCUGCGCUCAGUGUCAGCAGGAGCUUUCCGGGGCCUGGGCGAGCUGCUGGAGCUGUCGUUGCACACCAACGCGCUGCAGCGCCUGGACGCCGAGGCCCUUCAGGGGCUGCCCAAGCUGCAGAACAUCUCCUUGCACAGCAACCAGCUGCGGGUGCUGCCGCAGGGCCUCUUUGAGGCCACGCCGGCACUGAGGAAAGUGCAGCUGCAGGGCAAUGUCCUUGAGAAUCUGCCAGCAGGUGUCUUUGCCCCGCUGGCUGCCCUGCGGGAGGUGAGGCUGCACAACAACUCUUGGCGCUGCGAUGAGAAGAUCCUCUCCCUCAAGACAUGGCUGGAGGCCAACCAGCGCAAGGUGGGCGAGAUCCCCCCGGUGUGUGCCCUGCCGCUGCUCCUGCGGGGCGCUCCCAUCGUGGGUCUGCGGCGCGACCAGCUGCUCUCCGAUGGGCUGCCCCUGACAGCCGAGCCGGAGGGCUUCACGGCCACCUCACACCCCAGCACCACGCGCUCUGCGCAUCCACCUGGGCCAGCCUUCACGGCCACAGAGAUGGGGCGCCCCACGGGGCUACCGGCAGCCCCUGACCUUGCAGAGGAGGAGCAGGAGGAGAGGGGGCAGUGGGGGCUGACGCGGGUGCAGAGCGGGGUGGUGGUGGCAGUCAUCGUGCUGGUGUGCACUGCCCUGCUCUGCGCUCUCGUGGCACUCGUGGCCUACAGCUGUAGGAAGAAGAGCAACAUCGUGCUCAUGAGGAUGAAGUGCAGGGUGACGGUCUACGUGGGGCUGGGAUCCCUGCUGGUGGGAGGGUUCCCCCAGCCCUGCCCUCCGUCCUGCCAGUGCUACGAUGUCUCCAAAGUCUUCUGUUCGGAGGAGAGGAUGCAGGAGAUCCCCACGGGACUGCCAGGGAAUGCGACCCAGCUCUUUUUCAUGGAGACGGCACUCAGCAGCCUCCGCAGAGGGGCCCUGGGUUCCAGCACCACCCUCUCCAAGCUGGUUUUCCUCAACAACAACAUCCAGGUGCUGGAGGCUGGCAUGUUUCAGGGGCUGCCCAACCUCACAGAGCUGGAGGUCUCAGGCAACCUUGCCCUGUCGUUUGUCAGCCCCGGUUUCUUGGCUGGCCUUCCCAGACUCAGCAAGCUCUCCCUGGGAUCCAAUGCCAUCCGCUCCCUGAAGCCAGGGAUCUUUGGUGCCGUGGGCUCCUUGCAGGACCUACAUUUGCGGAGAAACAAGAUCGAGGUGCUGCCUCCCGAAAUCUUUCGUCCACUUCGACACCUCCAGACCCUGGACCUCUCCCAGAACAUCAUGACUGAGCUGCCCCCGGGUCUCUUCGCUCCCCUCACCUCCCUCCGUGUCCUGAAGCUGAGCGACAACCUGCUGGCCUGGCUGCCGUCCUGGGCCUUCAGCAGCCUGGGCCACCUCGUCGAGCUCCACCUGGGCGGCAAUCGGCUGAGGGCGCUGCCACAUGGGGGCUUCACAAGCCUCAGAGGCCUGCGGCGGCUACAGCUGCAGCACAACGCCUUGGGCAGCCUGCACCCCGACGUCUUCUCCUGCCUCUCGAACCUCACCUCCCUCAACCUGGAGGGCAACCAGCUCGCCACCCUGCCGGACACCCUCUUCUGGGGCACCCCACGGCUCCUCGACCUCUCGCUGACCCACAACUGCCUGAAGACAGUGCCUGAGGGCAUCUUUGCCAACCUCUCGGAGGUGCAGACCCUGGCGCUCUCACACAACAGCCUGGCACACCUCCCCACUGGGGCUUUCCAGGGCCUCUCGAGUCUCACGGCACUGCGGCUCAGCCACAACAACCUCUCUAGCCUGGCACCCAGGCUCUUGGCGGGGCUGCCCAACCUGGUGGUGCUGGCACUGGAGCACAGCAGCCUGCCACGACUGCCCCCGGGGCUCUUCAACAGCAAUGAGGAGCUGGCACGUGUUGGGCUGGUGGGCAACCCCUGGAUGUGCGACUGCCGCCUCGCCUACCUCCUGGGCUGGCUGCGGGAGUUCGCCGACCCUCUGCUCCGCCUGCGCCUGCCCAAGGCCGCGGCAGCGGGGCUGCCCUACCAGGGUGCCUGGGUGCUGCGCUCCAGCUGCGGCGCGCUGCACGUCAGCGUCAGCAUCGCAGUGCCGCGCAGGGAAGAGCCCAUGGGUGGAGGGACCGCUCGUUUGGAGGCCUCGCUCCGCGUUUGGCUCGGCUUGCCUCUGAAGUGGCUGGAGGGGGUGCCCACACUGGAUCAGAAGUGCUUGGCCAAGAUGAUGUACCAGCAUUUCCUUUUCCUUUUCUUCCUCUCCUUCCAUCCCUAUAAAUGCCAGGAACAAAUCUUGAGUCAGGAUCAGUAUGAAACCCCCAAGGAUUACCAAGAGGUCUACAGAGGGAACAAAAAUGAUGUCAAAGAGAUCCCAAAGAUUGCAAAGCCCUUCAUUUCUGAGAUGAUCUUUGUACAGACUAGCAUCACUGAUAUAAGAAAAGGUGCCUUCAGAUACAUGCCCAACCUGAAUAAAAUUCUGUUUAUUGGCAACCAAAUCAAGACAGUUGAACCAGGAGCCUUUGACGGUUUGGAGAAGCUGAGGGAUUUGGAGAUCUCUGGUGCCUCAUUAGAAGAACUAGCCGUGGGAACUUUCCAAAACCUUCCGGGCUUGCAGAGACUGGAGCUGAGAGACAGCCACAUCAGGCAGAUCCCCAAAGGACUGUUUGAUGGUCUGGAGAAUUUAGGAGAGCUCUCCCUGCACAUCAAUGCAAUCCCUUCUCUCCCAGAAGGCAUCUUUGAUUCUCUUACCAAUCUCACUUUUUUGGACUUGGCUAGAAAUAGGAUCAGGACUCUUCCUGAGGACGUCUUUAGCAAGCUUGCCCAACUGCAAGUCCUACGGCUGUAUGAGAAUGAGCUGCAGGACCUCCCGGAGGGGUUACUGGAUGGUCAGUUGGGGCUGCUGGAGCUCAGUCUCCAGAGGAACAGACUCAGUGUGCUGCCAACCACCCUCCUGAACAACCUGCCCCAGCUGGAGAAACUCCUCUUGGACAACAACCUCCUCAGGAUUCUCCCACUUAAAGGCUUUUUUGGUUUAAAAAAAUUGAAGCUACUGACACUGGGUUCAAACCACAUUGUGGAGCUUCCCAGCUGCCUUUUCGAUGUCAUGCCACAGCUCCGGGAGCUGGACCUGGGCAGGAACAGUUUGAUCACACUUCCAGAUGGCAUCUUUAGAAACCUCACAUCUCUCAGCAAACUUAUCUUGUCCCAGAACAAGCUAACAGCCCUACCAAGAGGAGCCUUCACUGGGCUCAGCAAGCUCUCAGACCUCCAGCUGGACACAAACCAGCUCUCUGCUCUGGACAGCAAGGUCUUUGUUUCUCUUAUAAAUCUGAAAACUCUCAACCUUAGAAAGAACCAGCUGGAGAAUAUCCCUCAUGGGCUCUUGGACCCGCUGGAAAGACUCAGCUCACUGUAUCUCAGCGGGAACCCAUGGAGAUGUGACUGCAACCUUUUCUACCUGCAUAACUGGAUCCAGGGCAACACUGAGAAAGUUAAAUUGCCCACCCAGGUUGCAUGCAAGAGUCCACCCCACCUGGCAGGAGGAGACCAGACGGAGGAAUGUGAGAUCACCAUGUGCGGAUCUGAGGACCACACACACCUCUACAGUAGCUGGCUCCUGGUGGCCAGGUUGGAGGCCUGGUGUCACCCCACGGGAUUCAGCUCCAGGGAGGCCAAGAGGCAUCUGUGA